GCGGCAGCAGCAUCCUCCUCCUCCUCCUCCUCCUCCUCACACCGACCGGAGAGGAGGGAGCAGUGAAGUUGAAAGCGUCGAGGAGCCCGGACACAAAGUGAGCUCGCAGCAAGUGCACGGCGAACAGGCCGCGACUAAUAGAUGUGUCUACUCUGGAGAAUCGGCGUGAGGUGCGCGAGGUGGGGGUCACACGGAUCACAGCGCUGGGCAGCCUCAGCAGCGGCAGCGUGAAUGGAGGUGAUGGUGUGCACUUGAGGUGAAGGGCCCGACCUGUAUCCCGUCUCAAGAUGAGCCAGGGGCCGAAUCUCGUCCUCGAGUGGCUCUCGGAGCUCCAUCUGUCCCAGUACGUGGAGUCCUUCAUCGACAACGGGUACGACGAUCUGGAGGUCUGCAAACAGAUCGGGGGACCGGACCUGGACGCCAUAGGGGUCCGCGUCCAGUAUCACAGACACAGGCUGCUCGCGGCCGUGCAGAGGCUCAGGGAGGAGGAGGAGGACAAAAGAAAAGCGCCGGGCUACUAUUUCACCCUGGAGCCCCUGGAUGCCUCCGCGUGCCGCCGCCGCCACCCUUCCCGGCCGAACGGAGAGGACGGCUUCCGGACGCCGGGGUCACACGCGGGGACCACGGCGACGCACCAGGCCUCCUGUCCCGGCAACCACAACCCGAGAUUCACAGAUUGUAAUGACUUUGUGACCUACCCCAAGCUGAAACUGAAGGUGCUGAUAAGGGAUAAACUUUCUAAAGAUGGGAUUAAUCUCGGAGACGCGCCUUACACCCAUAAGGAUGGCUCGGUGGGGAACCUGGAUGACCUGGCUCAGGAGUACUCUCGGUAUUACGGCACCUCCCCCAGUGACGUGUGUGAAAGGAUGGAGGAGCUGCGGAAGCGCAAAGUAGUGCACGAUGCGGAGAUGGGAAAGGUUGAGUCAGCGGCCGCAUCAGUGCAGCUCCGCUCGCAGAUCCAGGAAUCCCUUGGACUCAGUAGCAGUGCCACGUCCACUCCAGAGACGGAAAGAAGGUUUCCUGUGCAAAAAUCGAGCUCUGAUGAUGGAUCAAUAGGAGGAAAGUUGGAUGGAAAGAGAAAGAGCAAGUCCUUUUGGCAGAGUUUCCGGAAGUCACAGAAAGGAGUGAUGCGUCAGAUUUCAAAAGGUGAUGACGUUGGUUUUGUGGCCAGUGAAAUUACCAUGAGUGACGAGGAGCGUAUCCAGCUGAUGAUGAUGGUGAAGGAGAAUAUGAUCUCUAUAGAGGAAGCCCUGGCACGGCUGAAGGAGUUUGAGGUACAAAACAGACAGACGUGCAGGUCUGAUCCCACAGAAUGGACGGACGCCUCCAGUCCCAACACAAAUGAGUCGUUCAACUGCAACCCCUGCGACCUGUCCGACAAUGAACAAGAAGAAUCCGUCACGUUCCGGAGACUCCACAAACUGGUCAACUCGACCCGGAAGGUGAAGAAGAAGCUGAUCAGAAUCGACGAGUCUAACCGGCCCGGAGCAGAGGAGAGCUUAAACUUCGAAGGCCUUCCCUGCGAAGACGCCGGCGCCUCCCUGUACUCGGGCGUGCUGAAGCAGUCUGCCGUUUGCCCCGUGGACUCCCUGGCCUCCGCUCUGCAGGAGCAGCUCUUAUACGACAGGGACUCUGACAGCCUGACCACCUCCCCCUCCUCCAGCAGCCUGGACACCUGCAGCAGCCAGAAAAUCUUCCAGGCCUUCGGCAAGUCCUGCAGGAGCCCGGUUCCCCGGGAGACGAGCGCAGCGGCGGAGGCAGGGGAGGCGGGCGAAGGCAGCGGCUCUUCAUUUUCCGAGGCGGAGGUUUGCAACGAGGAGGAGCUCAAAAUCGCUCGCUCGGUGACCGACGGAGAGCUGCGUCACCGCAUCCUCAGCCCGCUCGGCCACCACGGGAGAGCUUGUAGCUUCGGAGGGUUUGACCUGACCAACCGCUCGGUGCUCGCGGUCCUCUCCGACGAUACCACGAACAAACAUGGAGACGGUGGUGUGAGCGGUGCUGUUAAGUCUCCGACAACGUCUCGUAUUUCUUUGGGCAAAAAAGUCAAGUCUGUGAGAGAGACGAUGAGGAAACACAUAUCCAAGAGAUACCACUGUUCUCUGUCUGAGCAGUCAAGUACAGACCGUAUAUCCAGCUGCCCUCACUCGCCUCAGAUAGACUCUGACUCUCUUGAGAAACCCAAACUGAAGCCCGGAGGCUCCGUAGAAAGUCUGAGGAGUUCCCUCAGCGGACAGAGUUCCAUGAGUGGUCAGACAGUGGGCACCACAGACUCCUCCAACAGCAACAGAGAAAGUGUGAAGUCUGAGGACGGGGAGGAGGACGAGCUGCCGUACCGAGGACCGUUCUGUGGACGAGCUCUGGUCCACACCGAUUUCACCCCCAGUCCCUAUGACACCGACUCCCUCAAACUGAAGAGUGGCGACGUCAUCGACGUCAUCAGCAAGCCACCGAUGGGCACGUGGAUGGGGAUGCUCAACGGUAAAGUCGGCACCUUCAAGUUCAUCUACGUGGACGUCCUGAACGAGGAGGAGGUGAAGCCCAAAAAGACGCGCAGGAGGAGGAGGGGCCGGCAGCCCAAGCCCACCUCUGUGGAGGAGCUCCUCGAUCGCAUCAACCUCAAGGAGCAUCUUCCCACCUUCCUUUUCAACGGCUACGAGGACCUGGACACGUUCAAGCUGCUGGAGGAGGAGGACCUGGACGAGCUGAACAUCAGAGAUCCCCAGCACAGAGCGGUGCUCCUCACCGCCGUGGAGCUGCUGCAGGAGUACGACGGAAGCAGCGACCCCGAGCGAAGCAGUCAGUCCGGAGGCUCACAGGAGAAGCUGCUCCUGGACAGGCGUGGCCUCCUGGGAGAUUCCCCGCGAGACUCGGGCUGCUACGAGAGCAACGAAAACCUGGAGAACGGAAGGGACAAAAAGACUUCUUCGUCCAUGAGCAGGUCGUCCUCUGGUUUCGAGUCAAGCCACCUCUCAUCCCCAGAGCACCAUGCCCUCCCUCUGACCCUGACCUCCAGCAGCCCAAGUGAGACUUGCCGGCUCCGUAUCCUACCAUCACUUAGGCCCCCUGAGAACAGCUCAAGUCUCCCGAACGCAGCAAAAGGUCAUCUUCCCAGCGGGGCCAUCGCUAGGAGCCGCAGUUGCGUGGAGCUCAGGCGAAACCCAGCACGGGAGCCGCUGAUUCGCUGCUUCUCCCUGUCAGGCCUCCACAAAGAGCCGAGCAAUAAACUCAUUGACCCCGAAGACUGGAAUCUGAGCCCUGGCGCCGACAGAGUGGAAAGUACGGAGCAAACAGUGAAUCCUCAAAAACAUUUUAAGAUCAUGUUUCCAUCCCCCCAGUCCUCAACCGCAGCAAACGAUGCUGCGCGUGGCGCUUCGAACGUAACCCCGGGCGACGUGUCUCCUCCCCCUAAACGAGGGGAAACGACACGGGGCGCACACCGCACGCUGCCGCCCACAGAGAGGUCCAGUCACCCUGUGAAUACGCCGCCUGUGCCAAACUCACAAGUGCCUUCGCUCACAGAAACAGCCUGUACGUACAACUGCACAGGCCACAUCUCUUCAGAGGAGAAGCGGAGCCAUUCACUCUCAGCCAAUUCCGAAGCCCGUCGGCUGACAAUGAAAAGAAAUAAGAAGACGACGACGUCUAUAAACUCAGUGCGUCUCGGUUCCCUGGUGGAGGAAAGACCCCAGUUGUAGGGUCCUGGUCUCAAAGCAGAGCCACUUCCUGGAAAUGUAUUGAGACAUUAACAGUACAGUAAGGUGUCGAUUUACAAUUGUUCAUUUUUUGAUGCUGGAUAAUGUUUUCACAGUGUUUGGAAUCAUUUUUUUCUCUCCAAAUAACCAACGCGUUCUGAAAAUGUAACCCCAGAUUAUCCAAUGUGAGGACGUCCGAUCAAAUGAACGACAGUUUAAGAUCAUGUUUUUAUACUGAACCAUCUUUUCAUGCAUCGGCCAUUACUUCAGAUGUUUCCUCUUCAGCUAACCUUCAGUAAAUGUUAGAACAUAGUGUGAGUAAUUAUUCGUUGCGGUCAGUCAUUCUUGGAUUCACUGUAGUUCAACAUUUACAACCGUUUUUUACGAGAUCUUUUUUGCUCUCCACAGAAGACAUUCUGACAUGUCUCAGUAGGAAAAUGAAUGAUGGCUGGAUUCCAUUUAGCGGCUUCACUUUACAGGGUCAUGUUAUGGUUCACGCGGGCUCACCAGAACCUUUCUCGUCGGUUGGCCAUUGUUGACAUGCUCGGUAACGCCCGAGUGUUUCCUUCUGUGACAAGUCAAAGGUUGUUCUGCUGUGGUCCGAAAAUGGCUUCAACUCCCCAACAGACGAGCAGCGGUAUGUGAUAACAGAGGCAGUUUCCAGACAAAGUCUUGUAAAUAAGAGGAAUUGUUUUUCAUUUAAUUUCAAGUAAUGACAGAGGUUAAUGUUGUUGGCACAGGAAACAAUCAGCAGCGUCCUGGCACACAGGUACAAUAUACAGUACUAAGUAUAAUGUUUAGUCGUUGAACACAACCAGACACUGUUAACGUAAAUGUUGAUUUCACAUCAGUAAUUAUUGUGCAGUAUUUUCCAUCUCAUUAAUUAAUUUAUAUGCUUUAUAUAAAGCUAACGAGGCUGUUAAUCACCUGUCUCCCUCAAAAAACGGUUUAUUAUAAUGACAUUCCCUCAUAACCACGGACAGACUAGUUCACCACUGUUAGCAGUAACUUUCAAAUGAUAGAAUUUAUUAUUAAAAGCAUAAUUUUCCUUU